AUGUGGGGAUUUGGGGGUAGAUUCUACUACAAUGAAGAAGGUGGUGGCUGGACUACAGUGACGAGCGGCGGCAGUAUGUGGCAGGAGCCUGCUCCGGUGGCCUUCUGCUGUUCCGUUUUUCUUUUUGUUCCGACGAGUUAUGAGUUGGUGAUGAGAGGAGGGGUCGGGAAGGAUGUUUCCGACAACAACGGUGGUAAUGGGUGGAUGUGGUUUGCGUUGGCAGCCCAAGGGAACACGAUGGUGGAUGCUAGCGGCGACUUCUGGUGGUUCCCGGUGGCAGUGGGUGGUCAAGGGUGGCAGUUCUUGGCCACUCUUGGUUCCCUCUUCGGUUCUUGA